AUGGCUUUGAUCUCAAGUUUGUGCAUCUUUCUUUUGGUUACACACUUUGCCACACCAAUUGUGUGCCAUGAAAGAGUUGCCCUUUUUGUGUUCGGUGAUUCGGUUUUCGAUUCUGGAAAUAAUAAGUACAUCAACGCCACUGCUGACUUGCAGGGAAGCAAUUACUUUCCUUAUGGAGAAUCAUUCUUUAAGUACCCUACUGGCAGGGCGUCUAAUGGACGCCUCAUUCCUGAUUUUAUCGCUGAAUAUGCUAAUUUGCCAUUUAUUCCGCCCUACUUUGAAAUUGGGAAGAAACAAUUGAUUCAUGGGGUAAACUUUGCAUCAGCCGGUUCUGGUUGUUUGGCGGAAACUAGUGGUGCCAUUGUUCUAAAAACUCAGUUGAAGAAUUUUGAAAAUGUGAUACAAUUGUUGAAGAGGAAAAUGGGGAAAACAGAGUCCCAUAAAAUCCUGGCAAAUGCUGUAUAUAUUUUUAGCACUGGUAGCAAUGAUAUGUUUGCCUCUUUAGUACCAAAUUCGACUUUUCCAUAUUCCGAUAGAGAAUAUCUACAGAUGAUUAUGGGCAACUUGACUUCUGUUUUAAAGGGAGUUUAUAAAGAAGGAGGGAGAAAGUUUGUGAUGUUUAAUUUGGGUCCAUUAGGUUGUCUCCCUUUUAUUAGGGUUCUCAACCUUCAAAUUGGGGUUAAAAAUGGAAGUUGCUUGGAGGAGGCCACAAACAAGGCGAAAAUGUUUAAUUCAGCUCUUCCAAAAAUGCUCAAACAACUACAGAAGCAAUUGCCUGGAUUUAAGUAUACAAUAUUCAACUUCUUCAAAGUAUUUGCAGAUAGCAUUCAUAAUCCAACAAAAUACGGUUUUACGAUAUCAGAGGUGGCUUGUUGUGGGACUGGUCCGUUUCGAGGGGUUCUUAGUUGUGGAGGGAAGAGGCAGGUAAAAGAGUAUGAGUUAUGUAAAAAUGUGAAAGAUUACUUGUUUUUCGACUCUGUUCAUCCCACUGAACUGGCCUACCAACAAUACGCUGCAUUACUAUGGAAUGGAACUACAGAUGUCGUAGCACCUCACAACCUAAAAUCCUUUUUUGAAAGUUCGAACUCCAGAUGUCCUAGCAGCUUAGAAUUCCUACUAUAUAUGAAGAAUAAACAACAAUGUGAAAUAUGAUGUUAAGGAGCUUCAUCUCUAGUAAUUUUUCUGUUCUUGUAGAUGAUACUUCGAUUUGAUGAGAUGACUAAGUUUUCAUGAUUGAACGAAGUCGAGAAAUAGAUAAAAUCAUGGAAUGUAAAUAUAUUUCAGUCAUAUAAAUAUUAUUUGAUUUGGGAAGAAAGUCAU